AUGAUCAAACCUUCGCUGAUAGUGAUAGCUCCAGUUCAAGCGCAUCAAGAGACUCAUAAACGCCAAGAGAAAAGUCUAGUACAGAUGAUGACCUGUCAACAUUAUCUGACUAUGAUGGAAACCCGAUGUGACGAGGGUAGUGUUCCAACACCAAUGAUGCCAGUCAGAGGUAGGGCAAGGGUAUUUGGUGAUAGGGGUACUCUUGGUAGAUCGAUUCCAAUUCAUAGUCGUGGUUGUUUCACUCAAAUGGUAGAUCAAUGUGAUUUUUGCGACAUGAAAGAUUCGACUAAAAAAGUAAAAAGAUCUACCACUAAAGAAAAGAAAAAUAGUUUGAAAGAUGUCUAUAAAGAAAGAUUAGGAGAUAUCAAGAAACGUCUUGAAUUUGAUAAAGAUUGUCUAACUCCCACUAGAACAACUCGUUAUGGCUGUCAGGCAUCAAAGUUCACAGUAUACGGGGGAUCAGCUUUUCGUGAGGCAUGGGAUGAGGCAGUUAUUUAUGGUACAGAGGAUGAAUUCUGGGAAGAUGAAGAAAAGGAACAACAGAGAAUAAAUGAUUUUCAAAACCAACAUAGGCCUUAUGAAAUGCUGUCUACAGAAUCAAGAAAAGCAUAUCUUCAAGGCUGUGAAGAAUUUGAAGAAUCUUUAUUUCACAUUAUUCGUCCUCAGUCCAGGGAGAGAAGAAAUUACAGUUUUAGGGAAAAUAACAGAGGCAAUCCCACGAAGAAUAAAGUUACUCCACCUGUAGUUGACCCUGAAGAAAAUGGGCGAGAAUUUGUUGAUGGAAUUUUAUUUAUUGGCCCUGAUGAUAUGUUAAGCUCAAGAAGUGAAAAAUCAAUCAAAUCUUCAGCCAAAUCAAAAUCUUCUAAAAGAGAUGUGCUAUCUUUGGAAAAUUGUGAAAGUUCUAGUCAAGUAAACCCAAAUGACCUUAAUCUUCUGUGUCCCUCCAAACAAACCCAAACUGAUUAUAUGUCCAUAACAGAAAUCCAAGCAAACCCAGAAGAUAUUUCUGCCACAUUCCAUCCUAUUACUGAUACAAAAAAAUGUUAUGGUGAUAUCCUUCGGAAUACUGGUCAAGAAAUGCACAGUUUUACCCAAUCUUUGGAAGAUCUAGAUGAAGCCAUUUACUUACAUGCCUUAGCAAGAAAAUUUCAUCAUGAGAAGCAAAAAACAAAUGGUCAUUUGAGAAUGAAUUCUGAUAAGUAUGCCCCACCAGAUGUUUGUGUUACAAGAGAAUCUGAAAGGAAGCACUAUAAACAUAAAACGAGAUCACAUGCAAUUAACUCAAAAAGACAUUUUGAUGACUUUAAUGCUAAUGCUAUAGAAUCUGAUCUUAAAAAAACGAAACUAAGCCAAAGAGCUUUGCAAGAUGUGAUGACUGAUCAUUGUUUCAAUUCUCAGUCUACAAACCAAUUAAGACCAUCUACUUUUCUUACUGAGUCCAUUGAAUUAGAUGUUCGAAAUUACUCUAGAAACCAUUCCGCUGUUGAAGAUGUAACAAAACGUGUUGCUAAUGUUACAUAUUCUGAUCAGUUACCUCAAACCUUCAAGUUAGAUAAAAAUAGUGAGUCUGAAAUUAAUGAUAAAAUUCCGAAAACAGAACCACAUCACACAGAUCUUUUCAUCACUUCCUUAGAGAAGCAAAGUAAAUUGCGCCAUACAGGGGACAGACAAGAUAGUUUAAAAGUAUCUGGAGGGUCAAGAAACAGUAGGACAUCACAAGGAAGUUCCUCUUCUAGACACAGUGAAGAAACCAUAUUUAAUUUAACAACUGAUUUUUCAGACAAGAGUUUAAAACAAAGUAAUUUAUAUCUAGGAGAAUCUCCCCGGAAUGUUACAUGUGAUUUACAUGACAUUUUCAAUUUAGAACAUCAAGACCAUCGCUCACACCGUAAGUCUUCUUCCAUUCAUGAUGCUGGUCCCAUGUCAAUUAAAGAACUUGAUGAAAUGGAUGAUGACACACUUGCUGAUUAUAAGAUAAGAGAUUCACAGAGAUUGUUUCAGGAAAUAAAAAAAAUGCCUCGUUCUACUUCUAACAUUGUUCCAAAACUUGAUCUUCAAGAAAUAUCAGAAGAUCACUCUGACAGUGACAUUGAAAACAUAAAUACAGACUCUUCACAUAAGUUAAGAAAUUCUGUGGAUAGAAAAUUUGUUACAGUAAAACCUGUAAAGCCUUCAUCUCUAACAAGAACAAAAAGACUUACUGAAAAUUUCAAUGAAGCUGAUGCCAAAAGAUCUUGGUGUGGGUGUGAAAAAAGUAACUUUUUACAGAAUGUAAGGGAUUUGAGGGACAAUAUAAAUGAAUCGGGCCGAACUUUAUACUUUGACCCUGAACAAGCUCUGCUUGAUGCAGGUAACUGUGUGUCUUUAAAUUUAAGUCGUAUUGAAAACUGUAGCUCAAUAGGACCAUGGGAAGUAGGUCCAUAUAGUUCUAUAAAUGUAGAAAAACUUUCAAUCAAAAAACAACAACAAACUCAGUCACAUUCUAGUCCUUCUCAACAAUCAAAAGCUGAAAAAAAAUUGUCCCAACAUUCUGCACCAACCAAAUACGAUUCUAAGAUGUCUGAAUACUCUCACCCAAAUCAGCAAUGUGAGAAGCAUACAAAAACUGGAACAGAAGUGAAAUUUGUUGGCCUGAAAGCAAUGCAUGAAGAUAUCAACAAUCGACUAAACCAGUCAGAAAAUGUUGUACACAUGGUCGGUAUGGGGUGUUCACAGAAGACCGAUAAUUGGAACUCAUAUCCCAAAUUGACAGAAAAGUCAAUUAUAGCGAGAGAUGUAACUAUUUCAAAAGAUUCUCAAGUAGCAAGAUGUCAUAAAAAGAAAAUGGAAAAGCCAAAACCUAUUCAUGUUCGAUCACUUCAGAUUAGGCAAUCUAAAAUAAAUAGCAAAGUAAAUGAGAAUGGGAAACCACUUUCUGCAUCUACUCAUGUUACACCUCAAAAGGAGAGAAAUUAUAUUUACAGCUCCGCUUUAAUCAAAUUAGAUCGCACAGAUUUAAAGAAACCAGACAAAAUGAAAAUGGCUAUAAAUAAUUUGAGUUAUUCUAGUCCAAAUCGACGUGUCUCAUCUCAUUCUAGAACAGGAAAUCUCAUUGCUACUGAUAGAAAUUCAUUGAAUUUUGAAGAAAGGGGUAAAAAAUUAGAUGAAAUUUGUGGAAUUCUGUCUCAAAGUCUUGAAAGAAAAUCCAGACAGAGUUUACCUGAUCAGACUAAAACUGAUUACAAAGCUGAUUGUUGUGCUCGUAGACUGUCAGAUCAAAGAAAACUUUGUUCGACCUUGGAUAGACAUGUUGAUCAUUUAAAGAAUCUUAAUGCAGGAAAGAAAGUCACAAAGUCACCCAAACCUAUUGACAUUAAGUUUAGAAGCAACCAGGAAAGAAGAUCAGUGAAACCAACAUACUAUGUUCCUGAAGCCAAACUUAAUUUUGGAAAACCAUAUAAUAAAGAAGCUAAAUCUGACCUGUUUAGAAAUGAUAUUGAAAAUUUCAAAGAAUUUCUCAGUGAUUUAGAAAAUGAGUCACAUUUUGAUGACUUGAAUUUUAAUUCUUCUGAGAAUCUAAAACAGUCUGCUGUGAGUUGCCACCAGAUUCAGAACAGUAGGAAUUUCCAGACCUCAAUUGCUGCUAAAAUGAAAAAUGAAGAUGUAGCUUGGCUAUCAAAAGCAUUGAAGCAUGAAGACUGUUGUGAGCAUAAUUCCACAGAAAAUGAUCCAUCUUCCAUGCUCACUGAAGAUGAGGACAAUCAUUCUAAGUCUUCAGAAGAUGAAAUGGCAUUAACAAUGUCAGAUCUGUAUACCCCUGUCACACAGCUAAUAUCUGAAGAAUAUGAUGACAAUUCAAGUGAAAAAUCAACUACAAUCCAGGAAUCAGAUCUGCCUCUUAAAACAGUUUAUCAGAAUUUGAUUAAUCAUAGGAAAGCAAAAUGUUAUAAUGAUUUGAAUGAAAAAUCUGGGAAGAGAUCAAGAAAUGAAGAUAUUUCAAGCAGAACAUCAACAAAUUCUAUUUGUUAUAAUUCCAGAGAAACACCUACAAGGGAUUUCAAUACUUCAUUAAAUAAAAAACCUGGGUAA